AUGGCACACUACAGAAUCGCAGCUUUUGUCGCUGUAGCGGUAAUCAAGGCAGUUGCGGCUGCUGCUGGUCCAUGUCUUGCUACCGCGUCUUGGGAUGACACUCGGCUCGAUGUGUUUGCCCUCGCACCAGACGCUUCGAUUGGACACAGAUACUGGGUCGGGCAACAACCCUGGCAGCCGUCCUACGGCAUUGAACGACUGCCAUCGCAAGCCGGCAGUUGCCCGUCUGUCACCUCAUGGGGGGAGGGCCGUCUAGAUAUAGUGUAUACCAGCAGCUCCGGUAAGGAUGUGCUGCACAAAUAUUACGGUGGCGGAAAUUGGGGACCUUCGUGGGAGGGAGAAGAGAGUUUAGGCGGGAAUUUCACUGUUGAUGCGGUUUCGUCUGUCUCAUGGGAUGAGAACAGGUUAGAUAUCAUCGCGAAAUCCAACGGUGCUUACUUUCACAAAGCGUGGACUGGAGAUGACUGGUUUCCGCAAGGAAAGGCCUGGGAGAACUUUGGCGGCGAGUUCAUCAGUAACCCAGCCAUUGUCUCAUGGGGCAACGGACGUCUUGAUAUCAUAGGACUAAAUGAUAAUGCUUCGCUCCUCCACAAGUAUUACGAUCAUGGCUGGUCUGAGUGGGAAGACCUUGGGGGAGGUCCGUUCAUUGGCAACCCAGUCGCGACGUCUUGGGGACAGGGCCGGCUCGACUUCUGGGCAAUCAGUUCAGAUGGCGAGCUAAAUCAUAUCUACUACGCUGGAGACAAAUGGUCAAAAUGGGAGGACCUUGGUGGUUCAUACACCGAUACUCCAAAAGUGGUGCACUGGAAUGUGGGUCGUAUCGACAUCGUCGGUAAAGGUCAGGAUGACGAUUACUAUCAUCUUAAAAGCUUUGAUGGCUCGCAGUGGAACCCUUCCAACAAAGAUUGGUAUAACCUUGCCGGACCGUUCGAGUCGGAACCUGCUUUGGUUGCCAAAAAUGGCACGAAUUUUCUGCAUGUUUUUGGUGUGGAUGAUAAAAAUGAGGUUAGGAUGCAAAUAUGGUCUGGGUACGAAUGGCAACCAUCUUACAACGAGACUUGGUCUUUAGGAGUUUUGCCAAUCCAAGCUGAUAGUUUGGUCCAAAGCAACGGCCAAAAGGUUCUUAAAGGGUCAGAACUAUGA